AUGAAGAACACAAUUUUAUUUAUAACUUUUCAAGCCAUUAUUAUUCAGACCGCUUACUCUCAAUGUGUCAAUCGAGUUGUCUCCAACUGCGCUCCUAACGUUGUCGAAACGAUUCUGCCAAACCAAUACUUUGGCUGCGGGCCACCAGGUCCCGUACUGCCCGCUUUCGGAGCAUUGGCACCUGCUCCCGUUUUGGCACCGCCUCUAGUGCCAGGUGUGAUCUCUGAAGUUGGAUAUCCAACUGUUAUUCAAGACAGCAGUGUUGCUAAUAACUUGGCAAACGCCCUACAGCUACUUGUUGUUAGCAAUUUGUUGAGUAGCACAUUGCCAGGCCCCUGUGAAUUGCCAUUACCCGGAUAUCCGGUGGAAAGUGUGGUUCCAGUGUCAUCGAUGCCAGCCUAUAAUUAUGUUUACUAG